ACGGUCAAAAAGUUGCGCUCAAACCUUCUCCCUCCUCCUACUUUCUUCCUAGGGCUUGGCUGUUGAGUUGUAGCCGGGCGGAGAGGAGCCUGCUCUCCACCUCUCCUGGAACCCGGUGCGGGUGGCGGCUCGGGGGCCCGUGUCCCCAGGACGGCGGCACAAACUUUCCCGACUGUUUGGGGACAUUUGUCCGGAGCGUCCCGCACUGCGCGGGAGGAGGAGCCGAGUUCACGGACAGAUUUCCGAAGUCUUCUGGGAGUUCCCAACAGUCCCAAGUUUGGAGAAAUCUUUUCCGCCCCUCUGAUAGCGUGAAGUGAGCAAAUACAGCCCAGCACCAGGCUACUGAAGAGAGCAGUCACAGGUUUUGGAAGAUAACAAUGAAAUGUGAAGAAGUUACAUUUCUUACGUGAUACUUGAAAGUUAGUGACUGCUUGCCAGAUUUUCCCGAGAAUUAAGUAUGACUUAGAAGCAUUGAUGUAUGAAGGUUUAUGAUGUCAUCGUUUGCAACGGAAAGCAAACUCCAGCAGGCUGUGAGCCUGCAGGGAGUUGACCCAGAAACAUGCAUGAUUGUAUUUGAAAACCACUGGGCACAGGUUGUGAAGAUCUUAGAGAAGCACGACCCCUUGAAGAAUACCCAGGCAAAAUAUGGAUCCAUCCCUUCAGAUGAGGCCAGUGCUGUGCAGAAUUAUGUAGAACACAUGCUCUUCUUGCUAAUUGAAGAGCAAGCCAAGGAUGCUGCGAUGGGGCCGAUUCUGGAAUUUGUGGUCUCCGAGAACAUCAUGGAGAAACUUUUCCUUUGGAGCUUGCGGAGGGAAUUUACUGACGAGACUAAGAUCGAGCAGCUAAAAAUGUAUGAGAUGUUGGUCACUCAGUCCCACCAGCCUCUACUGCACCACAAGCCCAUCCUGAAGCCCCUGAUGAUGUUGCUGAGCUCUUGUUCGGGAACAACCACCCCUGCCGUGGAGGGGAAGCUGGUUGUCCUGCUCAAUCAGCUUUGUUCCAUCCUUGCCAAAGAUCCAUCUAUUCUGGAACUCUUCUUCCACACUAGUGAGGACCAAGGGGCAGCCAACUUCCUCAUCUUCUCCCUUCUGAUUCCCUUCAUUCACCGAGAGGGGACAGUGGGUCAGCAGGCACGUGAUGCUUUGCUUUUCAUCAUGUCUCUGUCUGCUGAGAACAGCAUGGUGGCCAAUCACAUUGUGGAGAACACCUACUUUUGUCCAGUACUUGCAACCGGGCUCAGUGGUCUCUACUCUUCUCUGCCUACAAAGCUCGAAGAGAAAAGUGAGGAAUGGCACUGCCUUCUGAAAGAUGACUGGCUCCUUCUCCCUGCUCUUGUUCAGUUCAUGAACUCCCUAGAGUUCUGUAAUGCUGUCAUACAGGUGGCGCACCCCUUGAUUCGCAGUCAACUUGUUAAUUAUAUUUACAAUGGAUUCUUGGUACCUGUCUUGGCUCCUGCACUCCAUAAGGUGACUGUGGAGGAGGUCAUGACCACAACUGCAUAUCUGGACCUUUUCCUGCGUAGUAUCUCUGAGCCAGCGCUGCUCGAGAUCUUCCUCCGUUUUAUCCUGUUGCACCAGCACGAGAAUGUCCACAUCCUAGAUACUCUGACAAGCCGAAUCAACACCCCGUUUCGGCUCUGUGUGGUGUCCCUGGCAUUAUUUAGAACUCUCAUCGGUUUACAUUGUGAAGAUGUGAUGUUACAACUAGUUCUAAGGUAUCUGAUCCCUUGCAACCACAUGAUGCUGAGUCAGAGGUGGGCUGUGAAGGAGAGAGACUGUUACUCUGUUUCUGCGGCCAAGCUGCUCGCCCUGACCCCCGUCUGCUGCUCCAGCGGGAUCACCCUGACGCUUGGGAACCAAGAGAGGGAUUAUAUUCUCUGGUCAAAGUGUACGCAUGAUAGUUCAGGGGCCGUGGAGCAGCCACUGCCGCCGGCGUUCUCGCCAUCGGCCUGCAUCGUGGAGUACGGCAAAGCCCUGGACAUCAGCUACCUGCAGUACCUGUGGGAGGCCCACACCAACAUCCUCCGCUGCAUGAGGGACUGCCGAGUCUGGUCCGCCCCGUACGACGGAGACUAUCCCGACCCUGAGACGUUUCUCCAGACUCUGACGGAGGACAGCGCGGUCAACUCCACCUGUCCUGUGUUCAGGCUCCCGCAGCAACUCCACAGGAAGACGGGCUCUCCGCGGCCUCCAAGAAAGGAGAAGAGCCACACGGAGCUGGAGUGGGAUGACAGCUAUGACACCGGCAUCUCCUCAGGGGCGGACGUGGGUUCUCCUGGGCCCUAUGAUGAUCUGGAGAAUUCGGGCCGACCAGCACCAGUCGACCCCCCCAAACACAUCCAGGAGAUGAAGAAGAACGCCAUCCUGCUCUUCAAAGGGUCCUACAUCGAAGAGUCUGACUUCCAGGAUGAUGUGAUGGUGUACCGGCUGUGUGCCGAGAAGGACUCUGAGGACACUAGGAAUUUACAGGAAGAAACUGCCAGGCCCUCAGGCCAAGGCCAGACUGAGGCUCAGGGUCCUGCCCUGAACAACGGCCCCCUGCCCAGCCCUCCGUCAGACACAGAUUCAGAGGAGGAGCGUGAUAGGGACAGUUCAGACCUGUUUCCAAAUGUGUCCCAGGAACCGAAACCAGAAGAGGAGCCGGAAAUAGCCGUGCAACCAAACGCAGAGUUAGCACCUCCCAUCUCCGAGGCCGAACCCGACUCAGACCCGAUGGUCAUUAACCCGGGGGGUGAAGAUUUCAUCGCCCAGUAUGACCAGAUCAUUAAAGAACUGGAUUCGGGCCCCGAGGGCUUGACGGAACAGAAUUUUCCCUCACCUGAUGUCUUGCAUCCCAAGAAAGAGCAAGAGGGGAAGGAAGAAGAAGAGAGCAAAGGAGAAAAGGAGGAAGAGGAGGAGGCGGAGGGGGAGAAGGCCCUGGAAGGGGAAGAGGACGACUUUGAUUCUUUUAUAGCAGAAACUCCCACCAUCGACAACGUGCCAUCCCCAUUUGGGGUGAGAGAGGAGACUGCCUUUGCCAGUCACCAUCCUGUGAGGACUCAGAGCACUCCGUUCACAGGCCCAUUCAUCAGUGUGGUCCUGUCAAAGCUGGAGAACAUGCUGGAGAACUCUCUGCAUGUUAAUUUGCUGCUUAUUGGGAUCAUCACUCAGCUAGCCAGCUACCCACAGCCCCUCCUGCGCUCCUUCUUGCUCAACACCAACAUGGUCUUCCAGCCAAGUGUCCGCUCCCUCUAUCAGGUCCUUGCAUCUGUGAAAAACAAGAUUGAGCAGUUUGCUUCUGUGGAGAGAGACUUCCCAGGGCUCCUCAUACAAGCCCAGCAAUACCUGCUCUUCCGAGUGGACAUGUCUGACAUGACCCCUGAGUCACUAACCAAAGAUCCCAUUCAGGAUGCUUCCAGGACAGGACUUGGCAAGAACCUUUUGGAUGGUCCCCCACGAGUGCUUCAGCCCUUCCUGACAAACAGAGCCAAGGUGGCUGGGGUGCCCCCAAGCCUGCCCCUGCCGGUGAGGAACACCAUGCUGGCCGCUGCCCUCUUCCCCGAGUUCCUGAAGGAACUGGCUGCCUUGGCGCAGGAACACUCCAUUCUGUGCUACAAGAUCCUGGGUGACCUUGAGGACUCCUGUUGUUAGUUUUUUUUUUUUUUAAUAGAGGUUCUUGUUUUUAAGGUUAAGCGUCUUGACUGAAUGUUAAAUGCAAAGCUGCUUACAAAAAUUUCUACUUUGAUAUUUCCUGACAAUACUUGAUUUGUGGGGAGGGGAAUUUUCUGUGUAUCUCCUCUCUCUCUAGCCAGUCUUUCCACCUCCUAUAGAAUGUAAGUCUCAUAAACUGGUGGCUCCUUUGGCAGGUUUUCUUUUCUUUUUUCCUCCUCGAUUUUUUGGUUGUUAAUUCUCCCAUCCCUUUGAGUCACUCAUCUUGCAGCUUAGAGCUUAGAUCACACCAAGCAAAUACUGGGGUUCCGUGAUUUCUGGAGGUACCCCGGGUCAGAAGGCUCAGCUCUUCAAAUAGCUCAUGAGGAAUGAACAUCCGCUUCUGUUGCCUUCUGCAUUUCGGUUUCCGUUUUACAAAAGGGAAGAAUAAAGACGGAGCCCCGCUUUCCUCCAUCA